UACACAUCUCUGAAGAAGUUACUAUGGCGGGUAAUUUGCCUCCACACGGCGAAAUUCUCCGUUUGAGUGAAAUCCAUGAACGGGGACCUCUCAUCAUGGCAGGGAAAUCCGUCAGGGUUAUGGGAAAGCUUACUCAGUAUGAUGCUGUCAAACAGUUAGCUGUCAUACAGGCCUCAGAACGCAAUGCAACCCAUCGCCUUCAUGUCAACACUCGUCUUAUUGAGCCAUUCCAGUCAAGAAUUGGUUCCAUGUUCCAGUUUAUUGGUGAGAUGCCUUCAGAGAUGAAGAGUGAAGCAGACAUGAUUCUUCUUGCAAAGGUUGUCCGAUGUGUAGAUGGCAUUGAUGUGACUAUGUACUACAAUGCUUGUGACGUCCAGAGGAACUAUUUGGCUUCAAGAGUAUCAGCUGCAUCAACAUCUUCAUCUUCUUGACAUUGAUUUUAGACGUUAGCCUGUUAUCUGUGACUGUCAAGCGUUCAUCAUUUAGUUCUGUGCUGACGAGGCAAAAGGACAUAAUCGUUCUUACCAGGCUGGUCAGGGUGACAACAUGCACUUGAGAUGUUCAGAAGAACUUUAUCAGCAUCAUCAGUAUCAGAAGAAGGCAUCAUCAUCUUCUGGAAAAUUGAUCCAAGUUGUUAGUCUGUAUCCAGUCAGAGCCUGCCACUGUCCAAUGUUCAUCAUGAGUUUUGUGGUGAUUAGGCAUACAUGUAAACAUUGUUAUUCCUGCCAGGUUGGUCGUCGGGGUGACAACACUUGUCAUGUAUAGAAGAGCAUUCUCGGCAACGUGAGACUCAGAAGGCAUCAUCAGCUUCUUAAAAACAAUUAGAAACAUUUGCCUACAGGUAUACAGUCAUUCUGUGAUGGUCAAAAUAUAUCCAUUAUCUUAGCCCCUCUAACAGACAGCCAUUCUUGCCGUGGUCAUCAUUGUGAUGUCACUUAUACUCAGGAACAAGGAAAAAAUCACAUUAGGGCCCGGGGGCGAUUUUGUGCCGAAAUAAUUUCGAGAGACCUGAAAACUUCAAAAAGGAGCCCUUGAAAAUCCUUAAGCUUAUCCAUUGUUUCAGAUUGAGGCAGUAUUUCGUAAAAAGUAGCCUCCAAUUUUUUUUUAUUGCCUGCUCUAGAAAGAAUUCCUUCCUCAUGAUAAUGUACCUGCAUUUAAAAAAACUGGAUGUUCUGCAUGCUAAAAGAUUACUGAAGAAUGGGCAAAUCAAUUGCAAAUGUGUUUCUAUUGACAAUUCAGGAAUGUAUCAUGAUAAUUCAUGUUACUAAUAUUGAUCAUCUAAUUUCAUGCUGCUUAUGAACCUAACAUUGUCAUCAAAGAUUUCAUAGGGAAUAAAAGGUGAAAACAUAUGAAGUAAGAAAUGAUAAUAAAGUAUUUAGUUUUGAUAAUUAUUUUUUUAUUUUUUGAUUAAAUUUCUAUAAUCAAAGUCUUCAAGAGUUUACAGACUAUUUUUUUUCUCUAAAGCAGUAAAUUUGAUUAAUGAGAAGGUUAUAGUGGGAGGCACUGUCACAUACACCAUCCUCUAAUACAUGAACUUAAUAGGAUGAAAUAUAUAGGAUCUUUUCAAUGCACCUUUCCAUGGAACUCUUUUCAUUCGCCAAGUCGUGGCAAACAAUUAUACAUUGUAUAUUAAUUCAAUAAACAAGCUUAGUAUGUUAUCCAUCUUGUAAUGGCAGUACCAGACCACUCAGCCCAGCCUGAUUCAUUUUUUUUUUGCAGAGCUGCAUUCAUACCUAGGCCUAUGCAUCAAUAAGUAUGAUUUUUUUUACACUAAAAGUGACAUUCAUGGACUUGUUUUCUUUCCAAACGUGCAGUGAACUAAUCUAUAGGGAAACAAAUGUCCUCCUUCCCCCACAAUGUAUACUGUGAGAUGAGUCCUUGGUAUUAAAGCAUUUUUUGUCUCACCUGCAUAGCAGAGUGAGACUAUAGGCGCCGCUUUUCCGACGGCGGCGGCGGCGGCGUCAACACCAAAUCUUAACCUGAGGUUAAGUUUUUGAAAUGACAGCAUAACUUAGAAAGUAUAUGGACCUAGUUCAUGAAACUUGGCCAUAAGGUUAAUCAAGUAUUACUGAACAUCCUGCCUGAGUUUCAUGUCACAUGACCAAGGUCAAAGGUCAUUUAGGGUCAGUGAACUUAGACCAUGUUGGGGGAAUCAACAUCAAAAUCUUAACCUAAGGUUAAGUUUUUGAAAUGUCAUCAUAACUUAGAAAAUAUAUGGACCUAGUUCAUGAAACUUAUACAUAAGGUUAAUCAAGUAUCACUGAACAUCCUGCAUGAGUUUCACGUCACAUGACCAAGGUCAAAGGUCAUUUAGGGUCAAUGAACUUUGGCCGAAUUGGGGGUAUCUGUUGAAUUACCAUCAUAACUUUGAAAGUUUAUGGAUCUGAUUCAUGAAACUUGGACAUAAUAGUAAUCAAGUAUUACUGAACAUCCUGUGCAAGUUUCAGGUCACAUGAUCAAGGUCAUUUAGGGUCAAUGAACUUUGGCCAAAUUGGGGUAUUUGUUGAAUUACAGCCAUAAAUUUGAAAGUGUGUUGGUCUAGUUCAUAAAACUUGGACAUAAGAGUAAUCAAGUAUCACUGAACAUCCUGUGCGAGUUUCAGGUCACAUGAUCAAGGUCAAAGGUCAUGUAAGGUCAAAGAACUUUGGCCACGUUGGGGGUAUUUGUUGAAUUGCCAUCAUAUCUCUAUAAGUGUAUUGGUCUAGUUCAUAAAACGUGGAAAUACGAGUAACCAAGUAUCACUGAACAUCUUGUGCGAGUUAUAGUAGUUUUUAAAAUCAGCACUGCUGCUAUAUUGAAUCGCGUGAUGCAGGUGAGACGGCCAGAGGCAUUCCACUUGUUGUUACUUCACAUGUGCAUUUUUAGGUGACAUAGAAGAGGGACUUACCAUGGAGUUAUAGUCCAGGGAGCC